AUGAAGUUGACGAACUUCCCUAUACUCAUUCCUGCCUUCACAGCUCAAAUCGCCAUAAAUGAUCCUCUUGUCAUCACCUCUAACCUCCUCAACAUCCCGUUUCUCCCCAAGGCGGGUACUCUCGUCUCUGAGCCGGGAUAUGAGCUUCCUCUAGAGGCGACGUUCAUCCAUGGCAGCGACUUUAUUCGGCGUGAUCCUGAUGGUCAAUGGGUCAAGCUUGAAGUAACAAGUGUUGCGCGUGAUACUUCUGGCUCUCUGUUGCGUUUUAGCUACAAUGGAGUCGUCAACAUGGCGGGAGAUGAGGGGAAAGUGAUUCGAGGAGAUACGAAUGCCACGACGACUGGUUUUGGAAAUGCAUUUGUGCAGAUUAGGUUCGAGACUGAUGCUCCGGGGUUGAAACUUCUGCAGGACAAGUUGUAUGUUGGCUCGGGCAGGUUCGUUAUCGAGGAAGAUCGACCAGUCAUUGUGGAAUACAAAAUCAGCGAGGUAAGCGCGCAGUGCAACAAGGGAUCGAAGAAUGACUGA